UUGAUACGACGAGUGAAUUUCGAGUGCGAGACGAGAGAAUCAAUUCAAAUAAAAUCAACAAACGCGACGGCAGAAAACAAACAACAACCAGCAAAAAAUCCGAACAAACUCGAAAAAAAUGGGCGACUCGGAAACCAGUGAAAAUGUCGGAUUCUUCACGAGUGUGCUGCACGAAAUCAUCAAAUCACCCAUCAAUCUAGCGCUAAUUGGAGUAAUCGCGUUGCUUGUGUACAAAAUUAUCAAGACACGGAUAGGAGAGAAGCAGGAAAUAAAGCCGCCAGAGCCAGAAUUGCCGAAACUCAGGAGAGAUUUUACGGUCAAAGAGUUGCGGGAAUACGAUGGAAAUGGCAAAGAUGGAAGAGUUUUAAUUGCCGUGAAUGGCUCCGUGUAUGAUGUAACGAAGGGAAAGCGGUUCUAUGGACCGGGAGGACCAUACGCUGCCUUCGGAGGACGCGACGCAUCCCGCGGCUUAGCUACUUUCAGUGUCACGAGUUCGGAUAACUUUGAUUACGACGACUUGAGUGACUUGAAUUCGAUGGAAAUGGACUCCGUACGUGAAUGGGAAGCUCAAUUCAAAGAAAAAUACGACCUAGUUGGUAAAUUAUUAAAACCUGGCGAGGAACACACACAUUACUCCGAUGAGGAAGACGAUUCUCCGAAUGAUACAUCCACAAAAUCAUCAACAGCUGCCACAGGAAAGGAAAAGGACGAGUGACGUAUUCACGCGUAAAUUACGAAUUUUCAAAAAAAUUACUAAAAAGGAGAAAAAAAGCGACGAUUUUAGUUUAAUAUAUUUUUGACUUUUAGAAAACAAAAAAAAAAGGAUCCAGUAAAUUUUAUAAGACGACACAGGAAACUAAUCCUUACUAUUUUAGAAAAAAAAAUUAAUUUUAUUUAAAAAAAAUAUAUUUUUUACCUAUACUUUCCACUUUUCUUCUAUUUUCUACUCUUAAAUAUUUUUUUUAGUGAACGUUAAAUGUGAUUUUUUAUUAAAAAAAAAUUAUUGCACAAAGCCAGUCGCAACUUUUUAAUAAAAAAAAGUAAAAAUUUUGAGACUUUUAUCACGAAAACGGCCAAAAAUUGAUAAAUAUAUUCCUUAAUAUAUACAUUUAAAUAAAAAAAAACAUUCAGUCGCUGAAAAGCAAAAAAAAAAAAAAAACUGAAAAUAUUCCCACACACAAAAAAAAACAAACACCGGUGUAAAAGCAUUCAAAAUAAUUAAAUAAAAAUAAGAGAAACUCCCUCCUCCCCUCAUAACAACACGAAUCCCGUAUAAAUAAUUAAUAAUAAUGAAUAUUACUUAAACACCUUAAGAACACUUAAAAUCCAAACACAAAAAAAGGAAUAUAUACGUUUCAUAUGAAUAAUUAAAUGAUAAUUAAUUAAAGAAUAAAAAAAAGAUGAAAAAGUUAUACAUAUAUUGAUAUAAUCGUAUGUACCUCUAAUACCUACAACAAACACACAUAACAUAUUUUAUUAUUAAUGUAAAAUGGAUAAAAAAUAAUAAAAAAAAUUG